ACAUACAUACUAACAUAAGUAUUACAAUAAUUUUAAUGGAUACAAUAAGUAGUUGAAGACAAUUUUUAUAAAUAUUUAAUAAUUACUGUCAAUACAAAGGAGAAUUCUUCUUUCAGCUUAUUACUUCAGCUGUAUCAUAUUUUACUCUUCUGCAUGUUAUGUGUUCAUGAUUACGAAGUAAUGAUGAAAUAGUGAAAAAGCUUUAUUAAGAGCAACGCUUAUUUGCGUAAAAAUCUUUGCUCUUACAAAGAUAAAUAAUGAAAGCUUAGUAAAAAUGUAGUCACCUAUGUAAUACGAUGUACAUCAUAAAUAAGUGCAUAUUGACAUAUUGACAUCAUCGUACAUAUUGACUAUUUUGGGCAUUAUUUCAUUAAAUUUGAUAAUAUAGAUUUUAUAUUAAUUUAUAUAUCAAUUUGUUUUUGGGGGAGGGGGAGAAAUAUUGUUUGGUAAUUAAUAUAUUAUAUUUUAUAAGGUAUUUAUUAUUAAAUGGAUUGUAAUAUAGAUUCGUACCGUUUUUUUUUUUAGUGUUUUCAAUAACGUAUGUAUGUUGUUGUCCGUAUUAUUAACAAUUCUAAAUUUUAGUUUAGAAUCAUUUGUUCUCUCCCUAUUAGUUACUUUUAUAAUAAUUUUAAGAUUGCUCAAUUACCUCUGUACUCUGUAUGGUUAUCUCUCCUAAUAUGUGAAUUAAGGUAAUCAAGGUCCUUGCGUUUCUAGAAAUAUUUUGUGAAGAUUAUAGUAUAUAUAUUAUUUUGUUCUAAAACACAAUAUGAGAGAAAAUACAAAAAUAAUACUAACUUUUUUUAAAGAUUUUUUUAAUGGAAAACGGUGUACAUUUUCGUCAAUUAAAGAAACUUUAACCAUUUCGGAUUUAGCAUACAUUAUGUUAAAAUAUUCACGUAGAUAUUAUGUAUUAUUUAAUGUUCAAGCAUAUUUUUAAUAUAUAACAUAUCAGUAGAAAGAUACAUGCUACAACCGGAUCUUUUUUUCAAAAAAAGUUACGGAUUUAAUUUUUUAAUUUGUCAUUUCUAUUCAAUUAUUGUUUUAUUCUAGUACAGGCAUCAGCUGUUGAAAUAUAUUAUACUUUUCUUUGAUAUAAUUAAUUGAUAUGAUUACAGGCUGACAAUUAGUUUGUAAUUUAUUUCAAGAUCCAAUUAGAUGUAAUGUUUUUAAAAGAUCCCUUGCACAUCGAAUCCAAGUUAUUAAUAUAAUAAUAAAUAAACAUCAACAAGCCUAUAAAUUAUUAGACUUAUGAUGUAAUUAACAUGAAAAUUAAAAAAAAAGCGAAGAUAUAUUAAAAUGCAUUAUGUUUAUCAUGCAUUUAUAUUAAGUUACAAAAUAUUUCAAACUACUUCUUUGGUGUUCUGUUGUAAUUAACUCGACAUGUAUGUAUAUCUCAAUACACCGUUAAUAUGUAUUAUAAAAGUAAAUACGUAUUAUAAACCUCUGCCUCUCACCUCAACAAGAAGCAGAUGAAUGGAAGAUAAAUAAUGACAAGAGAAAUGUCUAAGACAUGCACGUGCACAUGCCGCAUUGUUUCACAUCGAAGUGUACACUUCUGUGGCUCAAGAUCGACUGACGCGUCGAAGGGUAUAGCUGUCUACUGCGCUUGCGCUCAUAUAAGCUAAAGGGUGAAAUAUAUCUACAUAUUUUCUGAAUUCCAGCAAUUUACUUAUUCCGCUAAAUGUUUUUCUUAUAACGCACAUCGAUACUUUCACAUUAUUUUAUGUAUUAGUAGUAGCAUCUAUUUUCCAUCGUAUAAUAAAGAAAAAUUGUGGCAAAUUAGUAAGCAUUUUCUCUUAGCCCGUGGCAACAACAACGCGUAGAUGGUAGAACUUUCAAUAAAAUAAGACAUUUAGCAUAUUUGUCGGAAAUCAGUCGGUUUCUUUCAUUGACAAAGUUGCUCCCCCAGCUGCAAAUGGUAUUUGUCGGCGAACGUUGUUUUAUAUUUCAUCGAAUUCUGCUCGUGGCUAUGGGAUUAUGGCCGUAUCAGAAACCAUUCAUCUGGCGAAUACAAGCCGUUUUCUUCUUUAGUACAUACUGCUGCACCUUAUUUUUUCAGUUAUUGACGUUUGUAACAACGGCGUGUAACACGGAUUGUACUCUAAAACGAUUUUCUUAUUUUUCUAUUUAUUUUAUACAUAUCCUGAGUUACUGUUGUUUCUAUUUCAACUCUGAAAUUAUAAAGAAAACUUUGGAACAUAUGCAGUUUGACUGGAAAUUAUUUAAGAACAGUGAGGCAAUAAAUGUAUUUGAGGAAUAUCUCUUCGAAGCUUAUAUUGUCUUAUUUUCAGCGUUUAUUUUCGUUCUUCUGACUGCAAUCUCAUUUGUAACUCUUGAAUGUAGAUCUAUGAUUCUUGAUGUUAUCAUACCAGUUAAUGAAUCCCGACCACGUAAAAUUGAAAUGGAUUUUGAACUUUUCGUCGAUCAAGAGCAGUAUUUUGUUUUGUAUUUAGUGCAGGAAAUAGUAGGAAUGGGAAUCGGUGCUUGGUCGCUGCUUACUACUGGAACGUUCCUAACUACAGUGAUGAAACACUUUUGUGCAACAUAUAAAAUUGCUAGUUAUUUAAUACGAAAUGCGGUGACCGUCCGUACGUUACACCUUCCUAUUGCUCAAAGAAUACAAUUUAUGUUUCGGUGCAUUUGUCUUUCAGUUCAGAUUCAUAGAAGAACCUUGAUGCUCUGCAAUAGCAUGAUAAUUUCCUUUAAUUUGUGGCUUUCUCCGAUAUGUGGACUUUGUGUUCUGGUUUUAAGUUGCGUUUUGUUUCGCAUAUACAAUGCUAUAAUGCAGUUCAGUGACUUCUAUGAUAUUCUUCUGUGCUAUAUGAUUUUGUUUUGUUGUAUCAUGUAUAUGCUCUUAGCAAGUUUUCUUGCAGAAUCUUAUACCGAACACAGUAUAGGACUAUUAGAAUCUACAUAUAAUACUUUUUGGUAUGUAGCGCCGUUACCGAUACAAAAAUUGUUCUUAAUUAUGCAAAAGUCUAUAAGAAGUCAUAAAAUAGUGGUGGGUGGUAUUUGUGUUGCGUCCAUAGAAGGAUUUAUGACGUUUAUGACUACGGCUGUAUCAUAUUUUACUGUUCUGCACGCCAUAAUGUCAUGAUUAUGAAGUGACGACAAAAUAGCGAAGAAGAUUGGUGAGAGCAACGCUUGUUUACAUAAAAAUAAUUGUUCUUACAAAAAUAAGUAAUGCAAGAUUAAUAAGAAUAUAGCUAUCUAUGUUAUAUGAUGUACAACAUAAAUAUGUGCAAUUCGUACAUAUCGACUAUAUAUUGGCUAUUUUGGACAAGAUAUUAUUUCAUUAAAUUUGGUUAAUUAGAUUUUAUAUUAAGUUAUAUCUGUUUGUUGCUUUUGGGGAACGGAAUAUUAUUUGGUAAUUAAUAUAUUAUAUUUUAUAAAGUAUUUAUUAUUAAAUAAGUUGUAACAUAUAUUCGUAUCGUUUUUUGUGUAUGUUUUCAAUAACGAUGUAUGUGGCUGUCUGUAUUAUUGCGAAUUCUACAUUUUAGUCUAGAAUCAUGUGUUCUCUCUCUAUUGUUUACUUUUACAUUUACUUUGUACUCUAUGGUCAUUUCUCCUAAUAUGUGAGUUAAGUUGGUCAAAGUCCUUCCGUUUCUAAAAAAAUUUUGUGGAGAUUAUAUAUAUAUAUAUGUUUUGUUCUAAAAAAUGAUAUAUGAAAAAAUAUUAAAAUAAUACUAACUUUUUUAAAGAUUUUUUUAUUGGAAAACGUGUACAUUUUCGUCAAUUAAAAAAACGUUAGCCAUCCCGGAUUUAUAUUACGUUAAACUAUUCACAAAGAUAUUAUACAUCGUAGAUAUUAUUUAUUAUUUUAUGGUGAAGCGUAUUUUUCAAUAUACGAUAUGUCUGUGCAAUGAUACAUGCUACAACCGGAUCUUUUUUUCGCCCAAACCUAAGUUACGGAUUUAAUUUGUUAAUUUGUCAAUUAUUAUUUCAUUCCAGUAUAGGCAUUUGCUAUUGAAAUAUAUUUUUCUUUGACAUAAUUAAUACAUUACAGGCUGAAAAUUAGUAGUUUGCAAUUUAUUGUAAGAUCCUAUUAGAUGUAAUGUUCUUAAACAAUAUUUGCGCAUGGAAUCUAAGUUAUUGAUAAAAUGAUAAAUAAACGUCAUCAAGCCUAUAAAUUAUUAGACUUAUGAUGUAAUUAACAUUAAAAUUAAAAAAAAAUAAGCAAAGAUAUGUUAAAAUGCAUUAUGUUUAUCAUGCAUGCACUUAUAUUAAGUUACGUUACAAUAUAUAUGAAACUACCUUUUUGGUGUUAUGUUGUACUUAAUUCGACAUGUAUGUAUAUCUCAAUACACCGUUAAUAUGUAUUAUAAAAGUAAAUAUGUAUUAUAAAACUCAACCACUCAUUUAAACAAGAAGCAGAUGAAUGAAAGAUAAAUAAUGACAAGAAAAAUAUCAAAGAUAUGCACGUGCACAUGUCGCAUUGUUUCACAUUCGAAGUGUACACUUCGAUGGCUCAAGAUCGACUGACGUAUCAAAGGAUACGAUUGCCCAUUACGCUUGCGCUUAGAUACAUUGAAGAAUAAAACAUCUCUUUUUCUUAUAUUGUCUCUCUUUUUUACGUCUAGCAAUUUAGUUAUUAGGUACGUGAAAUAUCUUAUUUAUAAGGUACAUCGAUACUUUCACAUUGUUUGGUACAUUUACAGCACGAUACAUAUAUUUUUCAUCCUAUACUAAAGAAAAAUUACUAAACUUUCAAUUUACAUCAUUUUCGUCUAAACAUCAGAUAUUAUAGAAGAUAUUAUUGUAGAAGAUAUAAUAAAACUUUGAUAAGAAAGAGGUGAUAUUGAAUCUCCUAGUUGGAAGCUCAAUCAUUCAGUUUUUCAUUGACAAAGCUGCUUCCUCCGUCACUCUAAACAUGGUAGUUGCAGGCGCACGUUGUUUAAAGCUUCAUCGAAUUCUGCUUAUGACUGAGGGAAUAUGGCCAUAUCAGAAACCAUUUAUUUGGCAAAUACAAACAGUUUUCUUUUUCGGUGCAUACUGCUGCAUGUUAUUUUCUCAGGUAUUACUGCGAUCUAUUCCUUAAACGCAUUAUGUUUAUAUGUAUAUGCUUUAUAUUAAAUAUAUGUUUCAUAUUUUAUUAUCAUCGUUAAAAUUCUACCUUUAUAUUCUUUGUAGUUUACGCCGUUCUUAACAACGACUUGUAACAUGGAUUGUAUCCUAAAAAGACUUUCGUAUAUUUGUAUGACUUUCGUUUUUAUGUUGAAUUACUACUCAUUCUACUUCAAUUCUGAAACUGUGAGUAUUUGAGAUUCAUUUUUUGUGCAUUUUAUGAAAUUUUCAAACAUUCUGCUUCUCGAAUACUACAGAUUGUGGCAAUUAAAAACAGGUAAAACGAAUGGUUGAACAUAUACAGUUUGACUGGAAAACGUUUAAAAAUUGUGACGCAAUGAAAAUAUUUGAAGAAUAUCUCUCAGAAUCUUAUAUUUUUACAUUACCUCUGUGCAGUAAGCGGAUCAGACAUGGAAUUACAAGAUUUUAUCAUUUUAAUUCAACUGCUACUUAAUUUAUGUGUUUUUCUAGUUUUGUUUUUAAUAGGAGCAUCAUUCAUUACGAUUAUGGAAAGUAAACCUAUCAUCCUUGAUGUUAUUGCACCAAUGAAUGAAUCUCGACCACGAAAACUUGAAGUAGAUAUUGAAUUGUUCGUCUUCAAUGAAGAACAAUAUUUUUUCUUUUUAUUAGUGCUGGAGGGAGUAGGAGCAGGAAUCGGUCUUUGGUCGCUCCUUACGAUUCUAACGUUCAUAACAACAGUAACGAAACAUUCAUGUGCAACAUAAAAUUGUUAGGUUAACAGGCGCACCAUUUUUCUUAAUAAUAGCGUUUAUCAACUUUUAAUAUUAUCUAAAUUGUUUGCAGUUCUUUAAUCCAAAAUACAGUAACUGUCCAUACGCUACAACUUCCUGUUGCUCAAAGAAUACAAUACAUGCACCGGAAUAUUUGUCUUUCAAUUUACAUUCAUAGAAGAACAUUGGAGUUAGUUUCCAAAAAAUGUUAAUAUGUUUUCUAUUGAUUGUGUGUAUUAAUCGUUAAUAUUCACUCUAGCGUGAAUAAUUAUAGCCAAUAGUUUACAGCUUUGACAGUAAUGAGAUAUAAAUUUACUAAAUAGACAUUUUUUGGGGUUAA